GAGUUGCGACCCUUCCCUUCUCUUCUCCUCCGCCGCGCGGCGCAUCCAACUUUUUGUCCCGCGGCGUGGAUCGCGAGCCCAGAUGCCCCCGCGCCUCCUCCUCCUCCUCCUCGCCGCCGCCGCCGUUGCCGCGGCGCUGCCUCCGCCGGUCGCGGCGGGACGACACGGUGGCCCGCCGCCUCCGCCGCCACUGCAUCCGGACAAGGCGGGCGGCGGCGGCGUGCUCACGACCGCGCUCGUCGCCGCGGCGGUGCUGCUGGUGGUGCUCGUGCUCUAUCUGUGCGUCGCCAUCGCCUUCCGCCGCUACCGCAGGCACGAGGCCCCGGCUGCGGGGCCGACCAACGCGGCCGCCCGCGCGGCGGCGUUUCUUCGCCGGCAUGGGCUCCACCAGCAUCGGCCUUCGUACACCUAUGAGCAGCUCCGCGCCGCCACCGCCGGAUUCGAUCCCAGCCGCAAGCUCGGGGAUGGUGGGUUUGGGACGGUGUUUCUGGCGUACCUUCCGCCCGGCGGUCGCCCCGCCGCCGUCAAGCGCCUCCACGUCCCGCCGUCGCCGUCCCCGUCGUUCCCUUCCGCGUCCGCCACCAUCACCAAGUCGUUCUGCAACGAGGUGCUCAUCCUCUCGGCGCUGCGGCAUCCCCACCUCGUCCGCCUCCACGGCUUCUGCGCUGACCCCCGCGCUCUUCUCCUCGUCUACGACUUCGUGCCCAACGGCACCCUCUCCCACCACCUCCACCGCCGAUGUGGAGUCACCGCGGCGGCGCCCCCUCCCCCGCCGCUCCCCUGGCGGACGCGCCUCGCCAUGGCGGUCCAGAUCGCGUCGGCGCUCGAGUACCUCCAUUUCGGCGUCAAGCCCGCCGUCGUGCACCGCGACGUCACCUCGUCGAACAUCUUCGUGGAGGCCGACAUGCGCGCCCGCCUCGGCGACUUCGGCCUGUCGCGCCUCCUCGCGGCGCCCGACGCGUGCGCCACGGCGGGCGGCGGCAGGGAGCUGGUGUGCUGCACCGCGCCGCAGGGCACGCCGGGGUACCUCGACCCGGACUACCACCGCUCCUUCCAGCUCACCGAGAAGAGCGACGUGUACAGCUUCGGCGUGGUGGUGCUGGAGCUCGUCACGGGGCUGCGCCCCGUGGACGUGGGCAGGGAGCGGAGGGACGUGACGCUGGCCGACUGGGUGGUGUCCAAGAUUCAGGUCGGCGAGCUCCGCGAGGUCGUCGACCAGCCGGUGCUCGCCGAGGGCGCCGGCGUGAUGGCCAGCGUGGAGGCGGUGGCGGAGCUGGCGUUCCGGUGCGUGGCGCCGGACAAGGACGACCGGCCCGACGCCCGGGAGGCGCUCGCCGAGCUCAAGAGGAUCCAAGGGAUGCUCCCCGAGUUGUCCGGCCUCAAGGGAUCUUGAACUGAAUUGGCCACACAAGCUUCUGAAUUCUGAUGCUCAUGGACAUGGCUGCGAUUAACCUGUCGCCUCAUCAAUCCAGGAUUGCCAAGAGGAUGCACACCGUCAAAUGUGAGUUUGAUAAUCGUAGAACCGAAGUAAUUUGCUGCAUAUAGUUUAGCCAGAUUCUGAUACAAAUAGAAUGUAUCCUGAUGUAUGCGAAAUUCAAGUUCGAAUCGGGUAUAUUGAAUCAUUUUGAUUUGAGUCAGAGAAUCGGGUCCUUGCCGGCAUCAUACAGAGAGGAUACGUAGAGUUAUGGAGGUCUGAGUUAGAAAGAGUGAAGAUUGGCUACACCAUUGAGUUUUUCUCGGAUCUGUUUAUGCUCGCUCUAUCCCAUAAAUAUAAAGAAUUUUUGUAAUACAAAUGUAUAAUCAAAGUCUAUUAUAUUUUAGGAUGGAGGUGGUACGUUAGUAGUUACUGAGUACGGUGUAGAUUGGAUUUUACAAUAGAGUUAAUGAAUAUAAUUCCACUGCAGCUAUUUGUAAAUCAAAACAUUACAAGGAGUCCGUAAGACACUACUCGCACUGCUUUG